AUGAUCAUAAGUAUUUUUGUGUUGGACUUACACGAUGGUGCAAAGCUUUACAGGUCAUCAGCGCCAAUGUCCUCCUCAAAAAUGAACUACUAUCUCACAGAAUUUAACAGCCUAGCAGUAGAUUCUGAGGGAUUCAUAGAAAAGGAAACCUAUAACUAUGUUUACAUCUCUAGCAAUGUUCAGAAAAUAGGUAUGCAAGUUACAAAAGACCAUUCACCAAAACAAGCACACGCUCUUUUGAAAUACAUUGAACAGAAUAGUACGGAGGAUAUAUUUGAUGUGCUUUUUACUAUUGACAACACUCUUUUUGGUGGCAUUGGAGUUAGACUUGAUCUACAGCCUAUCAAAGAGAUGGAUUCGCAAGAAGAAAAGAUAUACAAAAUGAUGAUUGAGAAUAAACGAUUGGAAAUGGCACAGAGGGAAAAGGAAUACAAGAUGAGGAUUAUUCAGGAGCAGAGUGUUUCGCAAAUAGAACAACCAUCAGUGGCUGUCAAGCCAAAGAAGAUAGAAAAGUCAUUGCAGCCUGUGCUAUUGAUAAUUAGAGAGAAAGUUAAACUUGAAAUUGACAGAGACAACCAAAUUAAAGAAAACAGCUUGAAUGGGGAGAUUGACCUAGUUAUUUCUGAUGCUAAGUACAGGCAGGUGCAAAUUAAAAUGAAGAAUCUUAGACCAACACUGAAGUUCAGUCCGUACUUGGACAAGAAUGCGUUAAAAAGACAAAUUUUAAGAUUUGAGAAGGACAGAGGGUUGAAUAAGAACAUUCCGCUGUUAAAAUGGACAGGGAAGUGCUCAAAUGCACCCUUGCUUUUUGAGUUUUGGAGUGAUGAGGACGAUGGCAAGUUCGUCAAUAUUGUUGAAUUUAAGGCACUUAGAAGCAUUAAGGAAAUAGAGUUUAGACUUAACAAAGAAGCAGUUUCGGAUAUUGAAAUUGAUGGAAAAUAUGAGGAGGAAAACGAAAGAAUCAUUUGGAAGGUAACGGAUGUCAAGAAAGAUGAAUCAAGAAGCAUCGAAAUCAGAUGUUCCGCAUUUGAUAAAGAUUGUCUAUUCCCAAUCGAGAUAAAGCUUGUGUCUGAUGCAGUUGAGACUAGUCUAGAUGUUGACAAAAUGCUUGUAGAGGAAAACGAAAUUAAGGAAUAUGAAGUUAGAAAAAUACUUGAAAUAGAGGAUUUUGUUGUUCGCACAGACUAA